AUGAAGUUGUUAAAGAUUGGAUUGGGAGGUAAAUCCAGCACUGUCUCAACAAGCAUCGUCUUGACCAAGGCUAAUAAUGCAGGAGCCUCUAGUUCAAAGAUGAAAGAUAACUCUAAGGAGUCAGCCAAGGAAAAGAAAAAGAAGCACGAAAAGUGCGUGCCAAUCUACACUGUUUAUACCAAGCUUAAUGAAACUCAGGAAAACAUCUAUCUCGCACAUAAGCACAGAGUCACAUUUUGUAAACCUAAGCCCAUGAGGCAUGCGAGGCAUAAGAGAGAUGCAACCAAAUUUUGUAAGUAUCACAAGGACAUUAGGCAUACGACAGAGGAGUGUCGUCAACUGAAAGACGAGAUAGAGAGUCUUAUCGCGCGAGGUUACUUCCGGCAAUAUGUGAAAAGACAAGGCAAUAGACAAAACCAGCCAAAUUCACCCAAUAACCCAGGAAACCAAGGAUUACAACCUCCUCCUCUUGAAGGAGAGGAUAUUCUGAUUAUCUCGGGAAGGCCACAUAUUGUAGGGGAAAGUAACAAUGCCCAAAAGAAAUAUGUAAAGGAAGUGAAAAACAAGCAGUCUAUUUUUGCUUUGGAACCUUCUAAGAAAACUAAGACUGAAGAACCUCCGAUUGCAUUAUCGGAGGAAGAUGAAAAACACGUGAGAUAUCCUCACCUCGAUCCAUUGGUAAUUACCAUCCAGCUCGCCAAUAAAAGGAUAAAAAGGGUGCUGGUAGACAACGGAAGUUCAGUGAACAUCCUUUAUAAGGACACACUGAGGAAAAUGGGACUUGAAAAAGCCAAAUUAAAACCUUGCAUGGUAAAUCUGUGUGGAUUUACAGGCGACAAUGUUGCCAGUCAAGGAAUAAUCGAGCUCACAUUAAUAUUGGGUGAAGCACCUUUAUCCACCACUAUAAUGCAAGACUUUUUAGUUGUCGACUUGCCAUCAGCUUACAACAUGCUGCUGGGUGUGGGAGUAGUGCGAGGUGACCAAAUGCUGGCUCGCGAAUGCUACCGCGUAGAGCUGCAAAACAGAAAGGCCGGUCACCAGCUAAUGGUAGUCUUGGCUGAGAAAGGCGAGAAGAAAGAUGAGGAUCUUGAUCCACAGAUUCAAGAUGAAAGGAAUUUAUUAAAACCGAUUGAGGAAUUGGAAGAAGUUGUUCUAGACCCAAGGAAUCUCACAAAGUGUGUGUUCAUUGGAAAGAAUCUAGAUGAACAAUUGAAAUAG